UAGAUAUCUAUCUCUAUUAAUUCAUAGUCCAUGCACAGCCAGCUACUCUGUCAUACAUAGUCAUGAGGUGAUUUUAAAAGAGACUUUAAGAUCAUCACAACCCAGUUUUUUUCAUAAGAUCGAGGAAAGCACAACACUAAUUCGAAACUAAAAGCUUCAGCAAUGGCUCCUCAUCUUGCCAAUUGGAUCCUCAUCUUGUUAUCUUUCUUCUUAAAGUUGCAAGGCAGCUAUGGUAGUGGUGGAGACCAAGAAGAUCAAAAUCUGGCAGCUCAUAAAAUGGGGUUCUUAGGGAUGGAUGAUAUCUACGUUGGGAAUACUAUUACCAUCAAUCUUCCCUUUGAUGAUCCUUCAUCUUCACCUCAUUUUAUACCACGGGAAGAAGCUGAUUCUUUACCUUUUUCAUCCUCAAAUCUCCAAAGCAUUCUCGAUCUCUUCUCGAUCCCUCAAGGUUCUCCACACGCCAAGGCGAUGCAAGAUACUAUUAGAAGGUGUGAAACCCUACCUAUGGAGGGAGAGGCCAAGACUUGUGCAAACUCCCUAGAAUCCUUGCUUGAUUAUGUAAACACCGCAUUCGGACAAAACUCCAAUGUCAAGGCCCUAACGACUACUCACGACGCCAUGUCAACUGGGAAUUCAAACAAGUACAGAAUUCUGGAAGUAAAAGAGAUUCCGAUUAGGAAGAUGAUGGGUUGUCAUGUAAUGAGAUGGCCCUACGCUGUUUACUAUUGCCAUCAUCAGAUGGAUAAUAGUGAAACCAAGGUUUUCAACAUUUUAUUAGGAGGUGAUGACGAUGGUGACAAACUUGAUGCUUUUGCUGCUUGUCAUAUGGACACAUCAAAACGAGAUCCUAAUCAAUUGGUGUUCAAGUUGCUAAAUACCAUGCCUGGUCGUUCCUCUCCAGUUUGUCACGUCUUCCCCGAAGGAGACCUUAUUUGGGUUGACCCAAUAUUUUAGUUAAUAUAUAGCUAGCUUCAAUGUGCAUAAUCCUCUUUAUACAUGUUCUUCUUUAUUUUAAGUUGGUAUUUGUAUUAAAGAGUGUGACUUACAACCUAAGGACAUUAAGCAUCUCGUUUAAUUAAUUUC